GUUUAGAAUAGACAAAUCCCGUUAGUUUCCGUGUUGUACUUUAGUUCCAAGUUUUAAGCAAAAAUCAGAAAUGUCCGCUUUGCGCUAAGUGCGGAUAAACAACAUACAAGAAAUAUCAUGGAAGUAACCCGUACGAACUUCAAAGAAGUGCUGAAGGAACUGGAUGAUGUUCUGGAGAGAGCAGACUUCCUGGGAAUUGAUGGCGAAUUUACUGGACUGAAUUCAGGACCUGAAACUAAUGCGUUUGACACACCUGCUCAAUACUAUUCAAAACUCCGAUCUGGUUCGAUGGAGUUUCUCCUUAUUCAGUUUGGCCUUUCCAUUUUUUCAUAUAAUUCAGAAACCAAUAGUUACACUCAACAAUCGUAUAAUUUUUAUGUAUUUCCACGACCGUUAAAUCGUGCAGCUCCGGACUGUCGAUUCAUGUGUCAGGCAUCUUGUAUAUCAUUUUUAGCAAACCAAGGAUUCGACUUCAAUAAACUUUUCAAGCUAGGUAUUCCUUAUCUAACUAGUGACGAGGAAGAAAAAUUGAGUAAACGAGUAGAAGAAAGGCAACGUGCUAGGGAAGAGGGUUUAGAGUUAAUUCCAAUCUCGGAUGAGGACAAACCGCAAAUAGAAGACAUUUGUUCCAGAAUAGAUGAGUUUAUUGAUUCAGAAGCAGAAGAAUUGACGAUCGACAGAUGCAACGCUUUUAUUAGACGACUUGUUCAUCAGGAAGCAAGGAUGAGGUGGCCCAAUAAAAUCAGAUUAGAAAGUAAGACAGAAGGUGGAGGCCAGUGUUUGGUUGUUCAAAAAAUAGGAACAAAAGAGGAAGAAAAACAAAGAGAAGUAGAAAGACGAGAAAAGGAAAAGAGUGAAGUACAAGAAGCAGUUGGGCUUAGCGCAUUAUUAAGAAAAAUCGCUGACUCGGGUAAAUUAUUAGUGGGGCAUAACAUGUUAUUGGACCUCUGUCAUAUAGUUCAUCAAUUUUUCGCACCUCUACCCGAGAGCUAUUCGGAAUUUAAAGCUCUAAUUCACUGCCUAUUUCCAAGGAUAUUAGACACAAAAGUUAUUUGUCAAUCUCCGCAGUUUCGAGAGUCUGUGCUCUCAUCUAAUUUAAAUAUUCUUUUGGAGACAGUGAGCAAAGCCCCGUUUUCACUCCCGGAAGUGAAUUCUGUGGAGAAUCGGAGUUACUCUGUGUCGGCAAUGAAGUCUCACGAAGCUGGUUAUGAUGCUUAUAUUACUGGAUUGUGUUUUAUAUCACUUUGCAAAUAUCUUGGUUCCUUACAGAAGCCUGAAGUAUCGACGGUACUUACAGACUCCUCUUUACUAAAUCCUUUCUUGAAUAAACUCCUUAUAACAAGACUUAAAGAUGUUCCAUAUAUAGACUUAACGGGGAAGGAUCCAAAUCCAAGCCGGGAUCAUGUCUUCCAUAUAACAUUUCCGAAAAAAUGGAGGUUUAGUGACGUAUCUCAAUUAUUUAAUCCAUAUGGUGGCGUAAGCGUGUCCUGGUUGUCGGACACGACAGCCUACGUUGGGUUGAAUCGGCGCGAUCAAAGCGGCUCAGUGUUAAAACAACUAAGUAAGGUUGGAAAUUUCAAAAUACAAAAAUAUGCGGAACACCAAGCAUCCUUGGAUACGUCAAAUCAAUUAACCCACGGUGAGCGGAAACGGAAGCUGUCAGCAUCGGAGAAGGCGCCGUCGUCAAAAGAAGAACCAAAAGCAUCGUCAGUGAAUAUCCCCGAGACGUCCGAAGACGACGGAUGGGAGAUGGCCUCAGGAAAGCGACGGCGUAAGCGGAGAGGUCCUAUCGUGACUGGAAAAGCGCUGGAUGCAGAGCGGACGAAGAACUUUGCCGAAAAUACUACUUGGGAAUAACAGAACCACGAUCCAGCAGUAUGCGGAAGAUGACAAAGCACAGAUCAAUGGAUUUUUAUUGCUAGAAAAUAAAUCAUUUUAUUAUACCUAAUGUUUUCCUAAAAUAGAAUCACAAUUUAUCAAGAAGAUCAUCAUAUUUUGAAUAAAUCAAAAUACAUUA